GUGGGUUAUCAUAUUUAUCAACUACAACCACAAGACACAAGUCCAAAACUAUUCUCUAUAUAAAAGUACAAAAACACAACAUUAAAAGAAAAAAACACACAAAACACUUCACCUCCUUACCUUAACUUAAAAUGGAAAUGUUUUACAACAACAACAACAAAAGCUGCUCACCUAGUGAUAGCAUGAGCAUGAGCAUGAGCCCUCUCUCAGACGAGGAAGGGCUCAUGCUAGCUUCGGCCUACCCGAAAAAACGGGCAGGCCGAAAGAAGUUUAAGGAGACUCGACACCCCGUAUACAGGGGUGUCCGACAUAGAAACAAUGGAAAAUGGGUUUGCGAAGUUCGUGAGCCUAACAAGAAGACUAGAAUUUGGCUCGGAACAUUUCCUACAGCUGAAAUGGCUGCACGCGCACAUGAUGUAGCUGCGAUGGCACUUCGUGGGAGGUCUGGUGCUUGUCUUAAUUUUGCAGACUCUGCUUGGAGUUUACCUGUUCCUGCUUCAUCUGAUACUAAAGACAUUCAGCGUGCUGCUGCUGAGGCUGCCGAGAGAUUCCGCCCUCCGCCACCUCCUAUUAAAGAGGAAACGGCGGUAGAGAUGGCGGUUGGAGCUAGUCAAUCGACAGCGAAUGCGGCUGCUAUAGCAGAAAAAGUGUCAUACAUUGAUGAUUAUGAUGAUGCACAUAUGCCAGGGUACAUAGUUGAAAUGUACCAAGGUAUGGGAAUGCUUCCUCCUCCAAACUUGACUGGUUGGAGUGACACCUAUGAUGAUGAAGAAAUGGAUUAUGAAUUAUGGAACUUCUGAUUCAUUUUUUAUCAGUAAGUUAUUAUAAUUCAUAAGUGAAUAAGUUUAGGAUUUUGCACUUAAAUUGUAAAAAAAAAAAAAAAAAAAAAAGUAAACAA